AAAAAAGAUGAGUACAGUUUAAUCUUUUCAUCUGCUUUCGUCUUUUCGGCCGUUGUUGCACUUAAACCUCUUUUCAAGGGAACAUGCAGCCUUGUUUUAUGAAAUUUUGCAGACUACUUUGUUUCGCAUUUAGCACCCCUCUUUAUCUACUGCAGUUUGUUGGCCUGCGUGGUAUGUACAAACGAGUGUUCCCCUUCCUCGCCUACAACGUAACAUUUUCAUACAACGAUAAAACCCACAAGCUGAAGAGAGAACUGUUUCGGAACCUUGGAAGGUUCGCAAACGCUGACGGGACGCUUCGGUUGCUGGAAAUCGGCUGUGGCAGUGGAGCAAACUUCGGGUUUUACCCCUAUGGCUGCACGGUGAUCUGCACUGACCCCAAUCCGCACAUGGAGCCGUACCUGCGUAUAAGCAUGGAGGCAAACAAGCACCUGACAUAUGACGAGAUGUUAGUUCUCUCUGGUGAGGACAUGAGAGAAGUUGAGGACGAAUCGGUGGACGUCGUGGUCUGCACGCUGGUGCUGUGCUCUGUGAACAACGUGGAAAGGGUCCUGCAGGAGGCCCGACGCAUUCUCAGAAAUGGAGGAGCCUUGUAUUUUCUGGAGCAUGUUGUGUCUGAUCCUUCCACGUGGACAUACUUCUGUCAGUAUGUGUUUGAGCCUCUGUGGUGCCUCCUUGGAGAUGGCUGCAUGGUUACCAGAGCAACAUGGAAAGACCUGGAGGCAGCUGGCUUCGCUGAGCUUCACCUAAAACACAUCGAGGCUCCGGAGGUUUCUUUAAUGAUUAGGCCACACAUCAUGGGAUAUUCGAUUAAAUGAAAUAUGUUUUUUGUUGUUUCUAGUUAGUUUAAGACUUAUUUAUUAAUUUAUUUCUUUUCAAAUAAAUUAUCUUUUAAAUUUAGACCAAAUGCUGAAACAUUUUUUAAUCAAUAGAAGAAACACUCAUAGCAACAGAUCAAAUUUUAAGGAGCAAAAAUACCAACAUAUUCAUGCACAACAAAUGCAACAAACAGCCACACAUUAUACUGAGAGAAAAUAUAUUUAUUUACUCACCGAAUCAGCAACAUUUCAUAUACUGUUUGUUCUUUCUCACUCCUCCCAAGAUGUACAAAUAAAUAUUACCUGGACUAUGUG